AUGCUUGUGUAUGACAUUGUGAUUGUGGGUAAAAAUAUCUCUGCUUUAACUGCUGCUAUCUAUUCUGGCAUGGCUAGGAAGUCUACUCUUCAUAUUACGUGUCCCUCUGAAGAAAUGAACACUUCAGGAGUUAAUAGAUACUUGGGAUACAAAGAAGGAUCUUAUGCGACUUUCCAGGCGACUACAGAACGGCAGCUGGAGAAGUUUAAGGUAAGUAGUUUGGAAGAGGACUUGCAAGAAGUUCAAGUUAAUGGUGAUCGGGCGAUAGUCAAAACAGAAACUCAAGCUAUUUGUGCCAAAACAGUGAUUAUAUCGACUAAGCAGCACUUGGCUGUAACUGAGACGGGUGCUGGUGAAGAUGUGGUUUUUCCUUGUGGUGAAGCUUAUGAUGGGUGUAUUGAGAUGGUUUCUUUAGCAGGUACGGGUGCGAUGGCAGCCAUUAAUGCUCGGAUGGUCUUGGGGAAGAAGAAGGUUAUGGCUGGAGAUGAAAAUCCGCCUAAUAGUAGUUACUAA